AUGGCCGACGAUGGUCCUCCUCUUAUUCGUCCCGUCCCUCGAAGACCCUUCGAUCUCGGCUUGACGACUCCUACACCACCAAGCGAGAACUCGUCCCCUUCAACUCCAGCGCCUGUUCCAGAUCCCAACAUUGCGCGCUUCCUACAACCAACUCCUGAGCCUGCGAGCGCAGGUCUUAGCAGGCCUCAGUCAUUCAUGAAUUUGACCUCCUCGACGCUCUUCGGAAUCUACUCCCCCACGACGUCCUCUUCUCGCGACCGUGUCUUUGCCGAUCGCGAUGAACUCGAUACACCCUGGGGAACUGGCGCUCAGACACCCAUUCAGAGACCUAGCAUCGACGACGCUACGUUUGAUUUUCUGAAGGAUCGAUCACAUCACAUCCGUCGCCGGUCCUCGAUUCGAGUUCACGAACCCGCUGGACCUCUAAAGCAUUCUCCAUCUGGUGGUGCUCUAGUAUUAAGAGGACUUUUGCUUUUCGUUCUCGGCGUGGGAUAUGGCGUAUUAGUCACAUCGCGCUUCCACGAGUCGGACAGUCUUCCGUCUCGUGCUACGUACAACUGGGGCCAUUUGACGUUUUGGGGUCUGGCUGGUGUUGCACUGGGCGCGCUGUUCCCUUGGUUUGAUCGGGUAUGGGAGAAUUCGUUCGGCGACAAUGGGGAUGAAGCUGUGUUAGAAAACAGUGCUUCAGCGAAAGAUGAUGACCCAAGCACUGACUGGGCGCUUGCUGUCCGGGCUAUCGGCGCCUUUGUUGGAAUUGUCUUCGCGAUUCGCAAAGUGGCCUGGGCGUCCACCCUUCAGGUGUCACUGACCUUGGCACUUGUCAAUCCCCUCCUGUGGUGGCUUAUCGACCGCUCUAAGCCUGGUUUUCUGCUUUCCGCUGCUGUUGGACUCGCAGGGUCGGUUGUGCUCCUCGGCGUGAAUCCAGAUAUGAUGCCGGCGCCUACUCAGGUUCCUUUCAGGCAUUUGGUUAAUGCCACAAUGGCAGGCGAUGGAGAUAUGCCCAUUCUCGGUGGACUUGCCCAGCAGAAGACACUUGAGACGGGCAUGUGGAUGCUGAGUGUGCUUUUCUGCAGCUGUGUCUGCUUUGGGAACAUCGGUCGUCGACUCACCCUCGGGCCAUCGACAACAGCCAAGGGGCGCUGGGCUGGAGUGAGAUGA